AUGGAGGACAAACAUCCCGCAUCUCAAGAUGUCAAUACGACCAUGUGGUUUCUGAAGGAGAAGGUGCUCUACACGACUGUGAAGCCGUACUGUCUUGCCUUCACUCCGGAAACCGAUGUCCCUCGAGACAACAUAGAGCGACACGAAGUGCCCGUGGGCGUCCUGGAUAUACGGGGCAGACGGGAACCUCUCAACUUUCAUCACAAUGGCUUCGCAAUCUUGAACGUUCCCGAAGUCCCGACUGGGAUGGAUUGGUAUGACGUGCAGAGCGUUAAGGGCCUACGCUAUCCGCAGAUUGUGUCGGAGAUUGAAAGGGUCGUAUGGCAUCCUAUCAAGGGCCCAAACCAGGAUUGGCCGCUGGCCCUCUGCGAUCUGUCCACCGUGAACUCGGACAAGGACCUUGAGAUAGCAGACUACGUGACGCCCAAGAGAAGUCGAGAGCACUGCAUGGUCUAUUUCCGCAAUCACCACCGCUGGUGGUACAUGAGCCGCCAGAGAGUCACGGAAGCAUUGCUGUUCCGCCAGCACGACUCGGAACAAGGCGAUAAAUCAGGUGUUCCGCAUGCUGCCUUCUUCAACCCGUACGCCGAGCUAGAGAUGCCACGGGAAAGUAUGGAAACCACUGUACUCAUCUAUUUCUAA